UUUGAAGCAGGUAACGGGUUUUGUUGGCCCGAGAAUGUGAAACUAGGCACUAGUUUUAGGCACUUCAAGGUACUUCUGAUUCCAUGUGCACUUGCAUUUGGAGGUGUCUUCAAAAGAUUUGCUUCUUUGCAAGAAACUUUUUCUGGGUUCAGCAGGACUUUAAGCUUUGCCCCUAAUUUGUUCAGUUCUAAUUUCCAAUUGCAUAGCCAUGGCUUGUUUAAUCCACUCCGUCUGCUUCUUGGCAGUAAGGUUGGUGGAGUUUGUGUUAAAACCACUACUGGGAUGGGUCUAGGUUCGAAUAUCAGACAGGAUACUUGCAUUUAUAGGCCUCUGAUAGAGGAAUUCACAUUUCCUGCAAACUCAACCGCUUUCAAUAGCUGUCAUGCUUCUACAAUUGUUGAGGUUGAAAAAGAUCAUUUUUUGGUGGCUUAUUUUGGGGGUGCAUCAGAGGGAGCACCUGAUGUGAAAAUUUGGUUACAGACAUACAAGGAUGGUCAUUGGCACGCUCCUGUAAUUGCUGAUGAAGAAAUCAAUGUUCCAAUGUGGAACCCAGUUCUCUUUAAGCUUCCAUCUGAUGAGUUGCUUUUGUUCUAUAAAAUUGGCCAAGAGGUCCAGAAAUGGAGUGGAUGCAUGAAGCGGUCAUAUGAUAAAGGUAUUACUUGGACGGAAAGAGAACAGCUUCCUCCUGGAAUUUUAGGACCAAUCAAGAAUAAGCCUAUCUUGUUGGGAAAUGGAAACUUGCUCUGUGGAUCAUCAGUAGAGAGUUGGAAUUCUUGGGGAGCAUGGGUUGAGAUGACUGCAGAUUCUGGCAGAUCCUGGAGAAAGUAUGGGCCAAUAUAUAUUAAAAAUGAGUCCCUCAGCGUAAUUCAACCAGUUCCUUAUCAGACUGCAACUGGGACAUUGCGUGUUCUAUUGAGAUCAUUUACUGGCAUUAAUAGAGUUUGUAUGUCGGAAUCCCAUGAUGGUGGCCAGAGCUGGGAUUAUGCAAAACCUACUGAACUGCCCAAUCCAAACUCAGGAAUUGAUGGAGUGAAGUUAGUAAACGGGCAUCUUCUACUCGUUUACAAUACAGUCUCCAGGGGAAUUCUCAAAGUGGCCCUCUCAACCGUUGAUGGGGACUCAUGGAACGAUGUUUUGACAUUGGAAGACACAGCCGGAAUGGAGUUCUCUUAUCCAGCUAUUAUCCAGGCCAGUGAUGGAUUAGUUCACAUCACUUACACGUAUAACAGGACACAAAUUAAGCAUGUUGUCCUUCAACCCAAUUGAUCGCAUGGCACAUCACGUCUGCAACCUCUGGAUUGAGAUGAAUUGCAUAAUCUAGCACACCUUGCAAUAUAUUCUUCUGUUAAGUUCCUUAUUUGCUGUCCAUUUGUAGAUAUUGUUCUGUAGCUUGAAAUUCUGGAUAUGUUGAUCACUCAUGAAAUGGACUAAAAUCAAACUGGGUUUUCUGUA